AUUCCAUCUCUAGAGCAGGAUGCUGUAGAGACCGACUGGAUCAAAUACUUUAGGUAUAAGCAUAGGAGAGACUCGUCAAGUGACACACGAAAUGCGCUCCUAGUUGUGGCUGCACUCAUAGCCUCUGUCACCUUCCAAGCAGGAGUGGAUCCUUCGGAUGGUUUCUUACCAAAAAAAUCUGAGACAAGCAUUUCAUCAAACACUUAUGCUGAAGCUCCACCUCCUGCUGUAAAUAAACAGCCAAGAGCUGUGUUUUUUUUAAGUGGAGUUCUCGCAUUUUUGGGCGUUCAUGAUGGUACACCAAAUAUGUUCUUGAUAGGGAACUCGUUGGGUUUUGUAACAUCAGUAAGUAUAAUAAUAUAUCUCACAGCAGGAUUCCCUUUCCAAAGGGAGCUUCACAUUUCAAUAUACUCUAUAAUGUUUGCUUAUGGAUGGGCUUUGAAAAAUAUUCAGCCUGACGAAGGUAUUCUCAUUCGCAUUCUGAUAAUUGCUUUUGGUGUACCCUUUUUACUAAGGUGGCUACCAAGGUGGGCAAGAACAUUUUGGAAGCGAUGUAAAACUCAUUAGAAAUAAGUGUGUUUUUCGGUUGGUUUAUCUUCUGUUUAGCCUUCGUUGCUGGUUAUUAUGUCUUUCGGUUUUUCUCGUUGUUGGUUUAGGUUGUGGCUUUUCU